AUGGUAACCGGUGGUGCCUCCAAAAAGCGGCAACGCGCCGUACACACCGCCAACUCACCUACCGCCAGCAGCUCCAGCCGCCCUUGCGCCGCCAUCAUCAUCGACUCCGACUCCAAACGACCCACCCACCCGAACCCGAACCCGAACCCAUUUCCCAAACCCAGCCCAACCGCUCCCCACUCCUUCAACGACCCUUCCUCCGCCGACGUUCUCCUCCGCCUCUUCGUCGACCCCUCCCCUCUCGACCCCCCAGCGACGUCGUUUUCUACCUCCCCCACCGCCCAGCCCCAAGACGACGUCGUUCUCCACCUCCACGCCCACGCCCUCCGCCGCUGCAAGUACUUCGCAGCCCUCUUAUCCGACCGAUGGCAGCGCCACCCCCAAAAAGAAGCCGUCCGCAACAUCAGCCUGCGGGUCCCACCGACCCCUGGCGCCAUGGAUGCCCGCAUUGCCCUCCUCGAACUCCUCUACAACUCCGACCUCGCUUCCGCCAUAACCACCGUAUCGGCCGCGCUCGACCUUCUCCCUGUCGCUUCCGAGCUCAUCUUCGACGACUGCGUCCGAUUCUGCCUUCGCUUCCUCGAGGCGGUUCCAUGGACGCAAGACGAAGAAACCCGAGUUCUUGCCCUAAUCCCUCAUUUGAGCGAAGACGAAGCCAAAGACCUCAUGGCUAGGGUUUCGGGAGCUCCCGAUUCGAGCGAGGAGAUGCUGUACGGCCUCAUCCUUGCCGUGACUCACAACCAGAGCAUGGCGUUCGUCAAGGCCUUUGUCGCGAAGCUGCUGCGCGAGUUCGGGUCCAGAGAGCUGGUCGAGCGGGUUAUGGAUCGGGCGUUUCAGACCACCUUCAAGGUCGUCAAGGAGGCCAUGGAGGAGUACACGAGCCCUCGAGUCCGUGGCAACCAUGACGAGACCGAGGCCAUCCAGAGGAUCAACCUCCACACGGCCAUGACCAACGGCAAGCACCUUCUGUGGCUCGUCGAGAGGAUGAUCGAGCUCCGAGUCGCUGAGUCCGCCGUGAAAGAGUGGAGCGAACAGCCGGCUUUCACCGCCGAUUUGCAGAGGGCGUUUCGGGACGACGCGUGGAGGAAUAUCGUCCCGAGCCUCCCUAGCGUCUUGCUUCGCUGCACUUCGAGGCUGGUCAAUGCGGUCGCUACUGGUACCAUUUUGGUUGCUUCUCAGGUGCGAAAGAAGCUUGUCAAAGAUUGGCUUCCAGUUCUGAUUGUUUGCAAAGACAAUAAUGCUUCACCUCUGACACCGAGUAACAAACCACUGUACUUGGAUCUGGAAGAGACAUUCCUCAGAAUCAUCUCUACACUGCCUAUGCCAGAUGCACAGGAGUUGCUGCAGCAAUGCCUCAGCUUCUCUACCCGAAAUGUUGAGGACUGCCCUCACUUGGUCACGGCAUUCAACACCUGGUUCCGCCGUGCGACUCAUCCCCCUCAGGCACAGAAUCUUUGUUAG